ACGCAGGGAAAAUCUAUAAGGCAAUGUGAAGCCAUUUUUUUCAACAAUUUUUUUUUGAAUUUUUGUGACUCGAAUUAUCUUAUUUAAGUUUAACCACAAUUAUAAUUAAUGACCAGUGUCUUUUUUAAGGAAAAUGUUUUUUCUUUGUGUCUAACUGUAAACUAUGGGAACAGUUUAACUGUUAAAUGUAAAAACAUAAAUAAAACAUGUCUGGAUAUGACUCAUUGAGAAGUCGUACACCAAAGGAGACUCUUUUAGAAGGCUUCAUAAAAGGCCUGAAGAGUAAAAAUGAAGAUACAAGGUAUAAAACAGCGCGCGAACUUCACCAUUAUGUGUCUACGGAGCUUCAAGAAAUGUCAGUGGAAGAAAUUCACGAUUUUAUGGAAAAGUUUAACAUCAAAGUUCAAUUAAUGAUGUCUAAUGGAGAUAUUAAUGAAAAGAAAGGUGGUAUUUUAGCGAUAAUUGUUCUCAUUGGUGUUGAUGUUGGUAACCAGAGUACAAGAGUAUCUCGGUUUGCCAAUUAUGUGAGAACCUUAGCACCAACUGAUGUUGGUUUAAUGGAAUUGGUUGCUUAUGCUGUUGCUCGCAUUGCUGUAGCCAGUGGUACACCAACAUUAACCUAUGUUGAUUAUGAAGUUCGUCGGGCUAUUGAAUGGUUAUCCGGAGAAAGGAAUGAGGCUAAACGGCAUGGAGCGGUUCUCAUCCUUCGCGAGCUAGCUACUUCAACUCCUGCUUGUUUUUUUCAACAAGUUCAACAAUUUUUUGAAUGUAUUUUCACGGCUAUUCGCGAUAAGGAGAAGAAAAUUCGUGAAGGAGCUGUUGGUGCUUUACGGGCUGCAUUGGCGGUCACUGCUUCUCGCGAAACUAAAGAAACACCUAACCCUCCUUGGUAUGCACAUUGUUAUAAGGAAGCUUUGAAAGGAUUUGAUGAAAGCUUUCAGGUGAUGAUGACGAAAGAAAAAGUAACUAAAGACGAUAUUAUCCAUAGUUCAUUAUUGGUUCUCAACGAAUUACUUCGUUGUAGCAAUAUUGAAAGAGAAAAAAUCCGACAAGAGUUGGAGGAAAUGAGUUUCAAACCUUCUCAAGAAACUAUGAAUCCACUCGAAAAAUAUCAAGGCCUGAAAGAAAAGACUUCUUCUUUUACACGGAGUCUUCGAGUUCUUUCUUCUUCCAGUAAUCAACAAUUUUAUACACCCGGACAUGGAUUGAAAGGACUCUCAGCUAUCGUACAAUAUCAUAAAUCAACUGGAGUAACUCCAGGUUCAGCGCCUCAAUCUCGUAAACUUCCACUCUAUGAAAGUCCUACUUGCCGUAAAUUGAUUAGUGAAAAUUUCAACAACAUUUGUCAAAUUGUGUUGAAACAACGAAGCUCUCGUAACGUUUAUGUACAUCAUGUUCUAUUUUUACUCAUUCCUCGUUUAGCUGCUUUUGAUCCGAUCACAUUUUCCUCCCAUUAUUUGAGUGAAACAAUGGGUUACCUCUUAAAAUCACUUAACAACAAUCGAGAACGCUCUCAAGCAUUUUUGGCUCUUGGUUUAUUAGCAAUUGCUGUCAGUAAUAGCGUUAAAUCUUAUUUACCUAAGAUUCUGGAAGCUAUCAGAAUGAACCUACCCUCCAAAGAAUCUUCAUCUAGAAAACGAGGACAGCUAACUGAGCCAGCAGUUUUUUCUUGUAUCAGUCUGCUUGGACAAGCAAACAGCCUUCUAGAAAAAGAUGAUGUUAAAGAGCUACUUGAACCUAUGAUUGGAAGUGGUUUUAGUCCAGCUCUGGUCAGUGCCUUACAUGAUUUAACCAUCCAAAUGCCAGAUCUUAAGAAAGAUAUUCAAGAUGGUCUUCUUAAAAUGUUAUCUUACGUUUUAAUGCAGAAACCGUAUCGUCAUCCAGGUGCACCUAAAAGAUUUCAACUAACCUCUAAUUCAUUUCCUCCUCCUUAUAAUUUAUCUGAUGGUUCAGACAUUUCCAGUAUCAUUUUGGGUUUAAAAAUUUUGGGUACUUUCGAUUUUCAAUCUAAAUCACUUAUGCAAUUUGCUCGACACUGUGCGGACAAUUACUUGACAAGUGAUUUUACUGAAAUCCGCCUUGAAGCCGUUAAAACUUGUUGCCAUCUCCUCUCCCCUGCUCUUCAUAAAAUUACUCAACAGUACAGUCCAAGUCUUAUGGUUACUAUUCAAGACGUGUUGAGUAAAUUAUUGAUUGCUGCUGUAACUGAUCUCGAUCCUCAAGUUCGUUAUUCUAUUCUCUCACUGUUGGACGAAAGAUUUGAUGGUCAUCUUGCUCAAGCUGAAAAUCUCAGCGCUCUUUUUAUUUGUCUGAAUGACGAGAUUUUUGAGAUAAGUGAACUUACCUUGUGUACUAUCGGACGCCUAAGUAGCCUUAACCCUGCAUAUGUGAUGCCUUCUCUUCGUAAAGUUUUAUUACAACUCCUAACUGAUUUAGAAUUUUCCGGUGUCAAACGGAACAAGGAAAGAAGCUCCAAAAUGCUUGGUCACCUUAUUGCGAAUGCACCAAGGCUGAUUCGUCCGUAUACACAGUCAAUUAUUACAAUUUUCUUGUCAAAACUACGUGAACCAGAACAAUAUUCAAGUGUAGUUAUCAGUGUACUUUCAGCAAUCGGAGCUCAGUGUCAAGUCAGUGGAAUCGAAAUGCGGAUUUGGAUCGAUGAACUAUUUCCUAUUAUUUUAGAUUUCGUUCAAGAUUCAUCAUCAAUACCCAAAAGAGAAGUUGGCCUUUGGACAUUAGGUCAUCUUGUCGAUAGUACAGGUUAUGUAGUUGAGCCUUAUUGGAAAUAUCCAAAUUUAUUGGAUAUCCUUUUAAAUUUCCUUAAAACUGAACAAUCGCCUGCUACAAGGAGGGAAGUUAUUAGGGUUUUGGGUCUUUUAGGGGCUAUUGACCCUUACAAGCUUAAAGUUAACCUUGGUAUGAUCGAUCAAGCCGGUGAUACUCUUAUUUUUGUAGCGGACUCUAGUCAAGAGAUGCAAGAAUUAAGUGCCAGUGAAAUGUUAGUCAACUUUUCUGGUACAUAUGACGAUUUUUAUCCUGCCAUUGCAAUUGCAACUCUCAUUCGUGUUUUGAGGGAUCCUGCCUUAUUUCAACACCAUUGUACCGCCGUUGGAGCGGUCACUUAUAUAUUCACUUGUCUGGGUACAAGAUGUGUUCCAUAUAUCCAACAAAUUUUACCUGUUUUCAUAUCUAUUAUUAAAUCUUCGGAGUCUAGGGAGUAUUUGUUUCAAGAGUUGGGCAAUUUGAUUGCAGUUGUUGGUCAGCACAUUAGGAAUUAUCUAGAUGAUAUCUUUUCAUUGAUAAAAGAAUUUUGGACCGUCACAAGUUCAAUGCAGAGUACGUUAAUACAGUUAUUAGAGAAAAUAGCGAAAGCUUUGGGAGGAGAGUUUAAAAUAUAUUUGCCACAAAUAAUACCAAAUAUUCUUCACGUUUUUAACCACGAUGAUUCAAAAAACCGAAUGGUCACCGAAAAACUGCUCAAUGCUCUUCAACAAUUUGGUACUAGUCUAGAAGAUUAUCUUCACCUCAUACUGCCUCCGAUAGUUAAACUUUUUGAUGCUCGUGAUUCACCACAAAGAGUGAGAGAAGCAGCGUUAAAAACAAUUGAAUCUUUAGCAGAACAUUUAGAAAUAUCUGAUUUUGCAUCCAGAAUAAUUCACCCUUUAAUCCGGGUCUUGGAAUUGUCUCCCGAGCUUAGAGAGUCAGCUAUGAACACCCUCUGUGCACUUGUUGUGCAGAUGGGUCGAAAGUAUCAAAUAUUUAUUCCUAUGACUCAAAAAAUUAUCUCAAAAUAUUCAAUUGAGCAUCAAAGAUAUCAACUGUUGGUGGAUGGUAUUAUGCAAGGGCACCCACUAGGUGAAGAUGAUAAAGAUCCCAUGAUGAGUGGAAGAAAGCAUGGUAAACAAAGAUCCUCUCACGUUACUGCUCCUGCAGCUGCCUCUAAUUCCGCUCCAAAAGACAUUACUUUAGAUAAAUCUAGACUAGCGUCAUCUUGGAAAACAGAUAAACGAGUAUCUAAAGAUGAUUGGUUAAACUGGUUACAAACACUUAGCAUUGGACUUAUUGAACAAUCUGCAUCACACGCCUUACGCUCAUGCCUCUUAAUGGCUCAAGCAUACCAACCUUUAGCUCGUGAUUUAUUUAAUGCUUCCUUCCUUUCUUGUUGGAGUCAACUUGAUGACGGACAUCGAGAAAAUUUCAUUGACAACAUAAGAGCAGCUUUAACUGCCCAAGAUAUUCCUGAAGUAACUCAAACUUUACUCAACUUGGCGGAAUUCAUGGAACAUUGUGAUGAUAUUGGGCCUCUUCCAUUAGAAGCUGAAUUACUUGCCGAAAGAGCUUUGAAGUGUAGAGCUUUUGCUAAAGCACUUCACUAUAAAGAAAUUGAAUUCCGCAAUCACAAGAACGGACCAACUACAAGUAUUUUAGAAUCAUUAAUUAGCAUCAAUAAUAAACUACAACAACCUGAAGCUGCAGCUGGAGCUUUAGUUUAUGCAAAGAAACACCAUGAAGCUGAUCUGAAAAUCAAAGAAAGGUGGUAUGAGAAACUUAAUGACUGGGAAAAUGCUCUUAAAGCCUAUAGACACAAACGAGACUGCAAUCCUGAAGACAUGGAAUCAAUUAUCGGUCAAAUGAGGUGUUUGGAAGCUCUAGGAGAAUGGGUUGAUCUGCAUCAUUUGGCAAGUGAAAUAUGGCCUCAAGUUGAUAGUGAAAAUAAACAAAUGAUGGCUCGAAUGGCUUCCACAGCUGCUUGGGGACUUGAAAAAUGGGAUGCUUUAGAAGAGUAUAGUGAUCAUAUCAAAAAAGACACAACUGAUGCAGCUUUUUAUAAAGCUGUUAUUGCUGUACAUAAAGAAGAUUAUCAGGUUGCGCAACGUCUUAUUGACAAAGCUCGUGAUCAAAUUGAUACCGAUUUAACUGCUAUGGCUGGUGAGAGUCAAAUACGAGCUUAUGGAGCCAUGGUUCAAGUUAUGAUGUUUUCUGAACUUGAAGAAGUAAUACAAUAUAAAUUAGUUCAAGAGCGUCGUGAAAUCAUCAAACAGAAGUGGUGGGAACGUAUUCAGGGCUGUCAGAGGGUUGUUGAGGACUGGCAAAAAAUAUUAAUGGUCCAUCAAUUGGUUUUAAAGCCCGAAAAAGAUGAAAAAACUUGGCUUAAAUUUGCCAGCUUGUGCCAAAAAAAUGGUCGAUUGAACCUGUCUCACAAAACGUUAACCAUGCUUCUCAAAUAUGAUCCAACCAAAGAUGAAACUGUUAAACAACUGCCAACCGACCGUCCUCAUGUAACUUUUGGAUAUAUUAAACAUAUGUGGGAUAGUGGUCAGAAAGAUCAUGCAUUGAAUCAAUUACAACAUUUUGUCCACCAUGUCUCUUCUUUUGGCACUGGUAUUCCAGGAACAGUCGAAGAAGCGAGUAAAAGGCUCGAGUUGGAUAAACUUCUUUCAAGGUGUUAUCUUAAACUUGGUAAUUGGCAAGAAAAUUUAAAAGGGAUUAAUGAAAACUCCAUUCCAAAUAUCAUAAAAUAUUAUGCUUUAGCUACUGAAAAAGAUAGAGAUUGGUAUAAAGCUUGGCAUGCCUACGCUUAUAUGAAUUUCGAAGCUGUUCUGUAUUAUAAACAAGCCGCCUCUCAUCAUCAUUUAGAUGGUGAUGAAAGUUUUUUUAAUCAUUCAUUUGAAACUGCUCGCAAUACGCCCGCCGCAUCCGUUGCUAAACCCACUACUGAAAGGCUUAACAUUAUUCGCAAUUAUUCAAUUCCUGCUGUUCGUGGCUUCUUCCGUUCCAUUGCUCUCUCUCAUGGCAACUCCCUCCAAGACACAUUAAGAUUACUUACUCUUUGGUUUGACGAUGGUCAAUAUGCAGAUGUUUUCGAAGCUCUUUCCGAAGGAUUAAAAACAGUUCCUAUUCAAACUUGGUUACAAGUAAUACCUCAAUUAAUAGCUCGUAUUGACACGUCACGACACUUUGUUGGACGCCUUAUUCAUCAACUUUUAGUGGACAUUGGAAAAUGUCAUCCUCAAGCUUUAAUCUAUCCAUUAACAGUCGCAUCUAAAUCAACAGUUGAAUCUCGCCAAUCAGCUGCCAAUAAAGUUCUUGAAAGCAUGAAAAAACACAGUGGUAAUCUUGUCCAAGAAGCUAUAUCAGUCAGUGAAGAGCUUAUCAGAGUUGCAAUUCUUUGGCAUGAAUUAUGGCACGAAGGAUUAGAGGAAGCAUCUCGUCUUUACUUUGGUGAGCACAAUGUUCAAGGAAUGUUUGACACUUUAGAACCAUUACAUGCAAUGAUGAAACGAGGACCUCAAACCAUGAAAGAAGAAUCAUUCUAUCAAGCUUAUGGAGCUGAUUUAGCAGAAGCCCAAGAAUGGUGUCGAAAGUAUCAAAAAUCUCAUAAAGUUAAAGACUUGACCAAUGCAUGGGACCUUUAUUAUGUCGUUUUCCGCCGCAUAUGUAAACAGCUUCCUGCACUUACCUCUCUCGAGCUUCGUUAUGUUUCUCCCAGAUUAUUGAAAUGUCGAGAUCUAGAACUUGCUGUUCCAGGAAGUUAUAAUCCAAAUCAACCCGUCAUACGAAUCGCUCAAGUUGACAGUGCCCUUCAAGUGAUUACAAGUAAACAAAGACCUAGGAAACUUUGUAUCAGAGGAAGCGAUGGAAAAAAUUACAUUUUCUUAUUGAAGGGUCACGAAGAUUUAAGACAGGAUGAACGUGUAAUGCAACUUUUUGGUCUUGUUAAUACUUUAUUGGUUAAAAACCCUGAAACAUCCCGCCGUAAUCUUGCUAUCCAAAGAUAUGCAGUAAUACCUUUAGCUCCCAAUAGCGGUUUAAUUGGUUGGGUCCCUCAUUGUGAUACUUUACACACGUUAAUCAAAGAUUAUCGUGAAAAGCGAAAUGUUCUUCCGAACCUGGAAUAUCAUAUAAUGAAAGUUAUGGCUCGUGAAUAUGAAAGGUUGACGCUUAUGCAAAAGGUUGAAGUUUUUGAACAUGCCAUGAAUAACUCUCAAGGUGAUGACUUGGUUAAACUUCUGUGGCUUAAAAGUCCGAGUUCAGAAGUUUGGUUUGAUCGUCGAACAAAUUAUACCCGUUCCUUGGCUGUAAUGUCAAUGGUUGGCUACGUUUUAGGACUAGGGGAUCGUCACCCGUCAAAUCUUAUGUUAGAUCGAUUAAGUGGCAAAAUUUUACAUAUUGAUUUCGGAGACUGUUUCGAAGUUGCCAAAACUCGAGAAAAAUUUCCAGAAAAAAUACCAUUCCGGUUAACGCGGAUGUUAAUAAAUGCCAUGGAAGUUACUGGUAUCGAAGGAACUUACAGGAUAACUUGUGAAAAAGUGAUGACAGUUCUAAGGAACAACAAAGAUAGUUUAAUGGCUGUUUUAGAGGCGUUCGUUUAUGAUCCAUUGUUAAAUUGGAGACUUGUUGAUGCUCAACCAAAUAAAACUAAACCAAAUCAAGCGAUGGGUCAAGAAGCUGAGACAGCUGAAAAUCCGGAAUCAGAAACUGUCGAUCAAUCAGAUGCCGCUAAAAAAGCAGUGAUUAGACCUGUAGCCGUAAGUCAUGUCACUAAUGGUAUGGCGACUGAUAAUAAAGAACCAAGCAUCACGCCAACGGGUACAGCAGAAACUAUGCCAUCAACAUUUUUGGGUAUCAAUGGUUAUGAAGAGACAACUGGUCAACCCGAAGCUCUCAAUAAAAAAGCUUUGUCUGUGAUAAAUAGAGUUAGAGACAAAUUAACUGGUCGAGAUUUCAACCCAAAUGAAAAACUUGCCGUUCCUCAGCAAGUCGACCUUUUGAUUAAACAAGCAACUUCUAAAGAAAAUCUUUGUCAAUGUUAUAUUGGUUGGUGUCCAUUUUGGUGAUGACCAUAAUUCAACUAUGCACCGAUACAUGUAAUCUACAUUUCAUUAAUCAUAAAUCUUCUACUUGAUCAAUCAACUACAAUCUUGAAUCCCUACUCACUAAUCUCAGAUAAUUAAUUAUCAAUAGAGAAGGAAUAUAAUAUCAGCUUAAAUGAAAAAUACAUGAAAUCCGAGGCAAUUUGUAUAAAAGUAUAAAAUUUACUCAUAUAUAUUAUGUAUUAAUUUGAGAGAAUUUGUAAAAAAACUUAUAAAAAUAAUAAUGGUUGUUAAUAUAA